CAGCCAAGAGGAGCAGCCACACAGAAAAAAAGUUUAAAUCAACUCAGCGCAGAGGAGGGAGGGAGAGACGGGGGAAGAAAACGCCCUGGAAACUUGGUUGGUCGAGUAAUAGGAAAAGAGUGACAGAAUCCUAACAAACUGCGAAGUUGUGACUGGAAGAAGUGCUUUUCUUGGGCUGGGGAGAAGGGGACAGGACACGUUUUCAAGGAUGCUCAAGCUGAUCUGAGGCUUCUUGGGCGCUCAGACUGCGCACAGAAGCCAAGAAUACAAGAACCACAGCAUCAGACUGAAGGCCUUUGCCUUGCUUGAGCAAUCCAAGGAAAACCAAGAUAGAGUUUCCAAGACAGCAGGGCUUAAAUAGAGUAAAGCAAAAAUAAGAUGGCUGAAGAGGAGGAAACCAGAGAGGUUCUCUUUCCAGAUUGGGAGGGUCCUGACAAAACUGGCUUGACCAUUGAACAGAGUGGAGGAGAGAUCUUUGUUAAGGAGGUAAAAGGAGAGUCACCUGCAGCACGGUCUGGAAAAGUAUAUGAAGGUGACCAGAUUGUGGGUGCCACUGUCUACUUUGAUAACAUGAGCUCAGAAGAAACAGCUGAGCUACUGAAGACAUUGAACCGCCACAAGGUUGGACUGAAACUACAAAACAAAGGAGACAAAUCCCCUUGCUGCUCGCCCUUUAGCACACCAUGUCGUUCACCAAUCGGCACCCUGACAUGGGAAGGGAAGACCCGGUUCGGAGGUUCCAGUCCAGACAUCGUCCUUAGUGGGGAGGAUGAGGACUAUAAGAGAAUAUACAAAAAAAAGAUUAAACCAAGGCUGAAGUCUGAAGACCUUGCAGAGGGAGUAGAUGUUCGCACAGAGCGGCAUAGCAGCACAAGCAGCGAUGGCAGCACAAUUACUACCAUCACCCGCCGCAUCACUACCUACACCGUGGAUAUGCCCGGUGGCAUAAGUGAGCAACUUGAACUUUCAGGCCCAGAGUUCAGGGGCCUAAGGCACGAAUCUGGAGAUGGCUCUCCUCAUAUCAGAAUCUCACAUGGAAGCCCUUCAGGUAAAGUGGGAGCAGAAGGGAGUUUUGAGUCAAGCAAUGUCUCUUACACUGGGCCCCAAGUUAGCUCCACAGAUACACGCUGGGGCAGUGGGGGAGUUCAGACCACAACAACUACAAGAGAGAUAGAAGGUCUCAGAUUGAAAGGGCCUAACUUUGGAGUAACAGGAGGUAAAGAACAGAGAGGCUUUGAGAUCUCAAGAGGAAGUGGAGAGCAAGGUGAUGGAAUCAUUCAGGUGUCAGGAACAAGCACGACACUAAGAGACAGCACAAACACUGGUAGUAGGCAUGUUACAAUAGGAGAGUUGGGAGGUGCAGAGAUAACCUCAACUGAUGAGAACAGAGGGUCAAUUAGUCUGUCUUUACCAGGAGAAACCAUGCAUAUUUUGACUUCAUCCAUGAAAAAAACACAGGAGGGAAGUGUUGACACCAGUUUAGGUGAAAGGACAAAAGUGAAGGUAUCUGAAACUACCAUCAGUCCCUCGCAGGAAAAGGGAUCAGGCAGUAAUGAUAUUCCGAAUGUCAUACUUGGUGGAUGUUCCAUAGGUAUUGAUACUGAAUCGAGAAGUGGCAGGAUAGGAGGAUCAGCAAAAACAGUAGGCAAUGUUACCUCAGGAUAUACCUCGGGGCCAGGCAAGAUUUCAGUGGCAGGUGUGGAUGUCAACCUUACAGGUUCCACGUUGAAAGGUGAGGUUGAUGUCAACCUGCCAAGCACAAAGGGAGGAAAGAAAGCAUCUGGAAUAGACACUGACGUUCCAGGCUAUGAAAAUGAGGGCACUGUGAGUGGCAUUAAAACAAUCAAGAUGCCUGUGUUUGGAAUGAAAGGAAACAAGAAAGAUGGAACUAGUGUUGAAGUUAAACUUGGUGAUGCAGGUAUGUCAGUACCUGUGACAGAACUAGACAUCAAAGGGAAAGAUAAGCAGAUCAGAGGUCCUAGUGCUAACAUUGAAGGACCAGCUGUCAAUGUAAAACUUUCAGAGGCUGACUUCAAAGCACCUGAAAUCAAUUCUAGCAUUCAAACUAAAGUACCAAAGAGUGAUAGCAAAUACAAAAUGAAAGUGUCUGAGGUUAAAAUUCCAUCUUUAUCUGGGCCAGAUAUAGAUGUAAACUUGAAGGAUUCCAAGGUAGAGGGAAAUAUUGAUGUAACAGUGUCAAAGACUGAGGGAGAAGUUAAGGCACCUAAAAUAGACAUUAAAGGUCCAGCUAUAAAUAUUGAGGGGAAAGGAGAUUUAAAAAUGCCUCAGAUAAAGAUACCAUCAUUUGGGGCCAAGGGACCAAAAGUUGAUGUAAACGCUUCUGAGGUUGACAUUAAAACACCAAAGGUUGAUGGUGGGGACUCUAAUGUAAAAAUGGAAGGAGUGACAAUCAAGAUGCCAUCCAAAACAGGUCCCACAAUUCCAGAAUGGGAUAUCACUCUGAAAGGAAGUCAGGUGAAGGGAGAUGUGGAUGUGUCAGUUCCAAAAAUUGAGGGACACACAACAAAACCUGAAGUUGAGAUCAAAGGACCAGAAGUUGAUAUUGAAAGGCCUAAAGGUGGAUAUAAGAUGCCUGGAAUCAAAAUUAAAUCGUUUGGCUUAACAGAUCCUAAGGUGGAAGCUCCAGAUGUUGAUAUAAAAGUUACCAAACCUGAAAUUGACAUUAAGGCACCUGAGGUCGACAUUAAAGCAUCCAAAGUUAAUGUUGAAACCCCAGAUGUGGACAUAAAAUCUCCGAAAUUGGAUAUUGACAUUGAGGGAUCAAAAGAUGGAUUCAACCGGUCUAAAUUUACAAAGCCAUCAAUUAACCUGAAAGGUCCGAAAGUUGAAGGGGAUUUGGCUGUGUCAGUACCAAAGAUUAAAGGAGAUAUGACAGUACCUGAUGUUGACAUCAAAGGUCCAGAGGUCAAUAUUGAGGGGCCAAAGGGUGAAUUUGAAAUGCCUAAAAUCAAAAUCCCAUCAUUUGGCAUCAAAGGUCCAAAGGCUGAAGGCCCAUAUGUUGAUAUUAACCUCUCAAAGGCUGACAUUGAUGUAAAAGCCCCUGAUGUUGAAAUUCCAGGGCAAGGAGUUGACAUGGAAGGACUGAAUACAUCACUCAAAGGAGCCAAAUUCAACAUGCCAACCAUAUCAGGACCGAAAAUAUCAAGGCCAAAUGUGGAUGUGUCCGGUCCAAAGAUAAAAGGAGACAAAAAAACACCUGAAGUUGACAUCAAAAGUCCAAAGGUUGAAGUCGAAAAGCCAACGGGUGGAUUUGACAUCCCUAAAAUCAAAAUGCCAUCAAUUGGCAUCAAAGGUCCAAAUAUAGAGGGUCCAGAUGUAAAUAUAAACCUUCCCAAAACAAACAUUGAUGUGAAAGCACCUGGAGUUGACAUCAAAGGUCCAGAGUUUGAUAUCAAAGGGCCUAAAGGUGGAUUUGACAUGCCUAAAAUCAAAAUGCCAUCAAUAUCAGGACCCAAACUGCCAGAUCUGGAUAUGAGUCUGAGUGGGCCCAAAGUAAAGGGAGAUGUUGAUGUGUCAGUUCCAAAGAUUGAGGGUGACAUUAAAGCUCCCAAGGUCGAAAUCGAAGGACCAGAUGUUGACAUCGAGGGCCACAAAGGAUUCAAGAUGCCUAAAUUUAAACUGCCAUCCUUUGGACUGAGAGGUCAGAAUGUUGAAGGGCCAGAAGUUGAUGUCAGCCUCCCAAAAGCUGAUAUUGAUAUUAAAGCCCCUGAGUUGGAUAUCAAGGGACCAGAUUUUGAUACUGAGAGUCAAAGUGGUAAAAUCAAAGGACCCAAGUUCAGCCUGCCAAACAUUUCAGGACCGAACCUUUCCAUGCCAGAUGUGGAUUUACAUAUGAAAAAGCCUGAAAUAAAGGGAAAUGUUGAUGUGUCGGUUCCAAAGAUUGAGGGUGACAUAAAAGCUCCCAAGGUUGAUAUCAAAGGACCAGAUGUUGACAUCGAUGGCCACAAAGGAGGAUUCAAAAUGCCUAAAAUCAAAAUGCCGUCAAUGAACAUUAAAGGUCCAAAAAUGGAAGGUCCAGAUGUUGAUAUAAACCUUCCCAAAGCCAACAUUGAUGUGAAAGCCCCUGAAGCGGACAUGGAAGGUCAAGAGUUUGAUAUCAAAGGGCCAAAGGGCGGAUUUGACACGCGAAAAAUCAAAAUGCCAUCACUAAACAUCAAAGGUCAGAAAAUGGAGGGUCCAGAUGUUAAUAUAAACCUACCCAAAGCUAACAUUGAUGUGAAAGCACCUGAAGUUGACAUCAAAGGUCCAGAGUUGGAUUUCAAAGGGUCUAAAAGUGGAUUUGACAUGCCCAAAAUUAAAAUGCCAUCCGGACCCAAACUGCCAGAUGUGGAUUUACAUCUGAAAGGGCCCAAAAUAAAGGGAGAUGUUGAUGUGUCAGUUCCAAAGAUUGAGGGUGACAUAAAAGCUCCCAAGGUUGAUAUUAAAGGACCAGAUAUUGACAUUGAUGGCCACAAAGGAGGAUUCAAAAUGCCUAAAAUCAAAAUGCCAUCAUUGAACAUUAAAGGUCCAAACAUGGAGGGUGCAGAUGUUGAUAUAAAUCUUCCCAAAGCUAACAUUGAUGUGAAAGCCCCUGACUUGGACAUCAAAGGUCCAGAGUUUGAUAUGAAAAGGCCAAAGGGUGGAUUUGACAUGCCAAAAAUCAAAAUGCCAUCAAUAUCAGGACCCAAACAGCCAGAUGUGGACAUAAGUCUGAGUGGGCCCAAAAUAAAGGGAGAUGUUGACGUGUCAGUUCCAAAGAUUGAGGGUGAGAUAAAAGCUCCCAAAGUCGAAAUCGAAGGACCAGAUAUUGACAUCGAGGGCAACAAAGGAGGAUUUAAAAUGCCUAAAUUUAAAAUGCCAUCCUUCGGACUGAGAGGUCCAAAUGUUGAAGGGCCAGAAGUUGAUGUCAGCCUCCCAAAAGCUGAUAUUGAUAUUAAAGCCCCUGAGUUGGAUAUCAAAGGACCAGAGUUUGAAACUAAGGGUCCAAGUGGUAAAAUCAAAGGACCCAAAUUCAGCCUGCCAAGCAUUUCAGGACCGAACCUUUCCAUGCCAGAUGUGGAUUUACAUCUUAAAGGGCCCAAAAUAAAGGGAGAUGUUGAUGUUUCGGUUCCAAAGAUUGAGGGUGAAGUUAAAGCUCCCAAGGUUGAUAUCGAAGGACCAGAUGUUGACAUUGAUGGCCACAAAGGAGCAUUCAAAAUGCCUAAAGUCAAAAUGCCAUCAAUGAACAUCAAAGGUCCAAAAAUGGAAGGUCCAGAUGUUGAUAUAAACCUUCCCAAAGCUAACGUUGAUGUGAAAGCCCCUGAAGUGGACAUCAAAGGUCCAGAGUUUGAUAUCAAGGGGCCAAAGGGUGGAUUUGACAUGCCUAAAAUCAAAAUGCCAUCAUUUGGCAUCAAAGGUCCAAAGAUGGAGGGUCCAGAUGUUGAUAUAAACCUUCCCAAAGCUAACAUUGAUGUGAAAGCACCUGAAGUUGAAAUCAAAGGUCCAGAGUUGGAUAUAAAAGGGCCAAAAGGUGGAUUUGACAUGCCUAAAAUCAAAAUGCCAUCAAUAUCAGGACCCAAACUGCCAGAUGUGGAUUUACAUCUUAAAGGGCCUAAAAUAAAGGGAGAUGUUGAUGUGUCAGUUCCAAAGAUUGAAGGUGACAUAAAAGCUCCCAAGGUUGAUAUUGAAGGACCAGAUGUUGACAUUGAUGGCCACAAAGGAGGAUUCAAAAUGCCUAAAAUCAAAAUGCCAUCAUUUGGCAUGAAAGGUCCAAACAUGGAGGGUCCAGAUGUUGAUAUAAACCUUCCCAAAGCUAACACUGAUGUGAAAGCCCCUGACGUUGACAUUAAAGGACCAGAUUUGAACAUUGAGAGUCCAAGUGGUAAAAUCAAAGGAGCGAAAUUCAGCAUGCCAAGCAUUUCAGGACCCAAACUUAGUAUGCCAGAUGUGGAUUUCGGCAUGAAAGGGCCCAAAAUAAAGGGAGAUGUUGAUGUGUCAGUUCCAAAGAUUGAGGGUGACAUAAAAGCUCCCAAGGUUGAUAUCAAAGGACCAGGUGUUGACAUCGAGGCCCCUGAAGUGGACAUCAAAGGUCCAAAGAUGGAUAUCAAAGGGCCUAAAGGUGGAUUUGAUAUGCCUAAAAUCAAAAUGCCAUCAAUAUCAGGACCCAAACUGCCAGAUUUGGAUAUGAGUCUGAGUGGGCCCAAAAUAAAGGGAGAUGUUGAUGUGUCAGUUCCAAAGUUUGAGGGUGAGAUAAAAGCUCCCAAGGUCGAAAUUGAAGGACCAGAUAUUGACAUUGAGGGCCACAAAGGAGGAUUCAAAAUGCCUAAAUUUAAAAUGCCAUCCUUUGGGCUCAAAGGUUCAAAUGUUGAAGGGCCAGAAGUUGAUGUCAGCAUCCCAAAAGCUGAUAUUGAUAUUAAAGCCCCUGAGUUGGAUUUCAAAGGACCAGAUUUGAACAUUGAGAGUCCAAGUGGUAAAAUCAAAGGACCCAAAUUCAGCAUGCCAAACAUUUCAGGACCAAAACUUAGUAUGCCAGAUGUGGAUUUCGGCAUGAAAGGACCCAAAAUAAAGGGAGAUGUUGAUGUGUCAGUUCCAAAGAUUGAGGGUGACAUAAAAGCUCCCAAGGUUGAUAUCGAAGGACCAGAUGUUGACAUUGAGGGCCACAAAGGAGGAUUCAAAAUGCCUAAAAUGACAAUGCCAUCGUGGAACAUUAAAGGUCCUAAAAUGGAAGGUCCAGAUGUUGAUAUAAAUCUUCCCAAAGCUAACAUUGAUGUGAAAGCAGAUGUUGAUCUAAAUCUUCCCAAAGCUAACAUUGAUGUGAAAGCCCCUGAAGUGGACAUCAAAGGUCCAAAGAUGGAUAUCAAAGGGCCUAAAGGCGGAUUUGAUAUGCCUAAAAUCAAAAUGCCAUCAAUAUCAGGACCCAAACUGCCAGAUUUGGAUAUGAGUCUGAGUGGGCCCAAAAUAAAGGGAGAUGUUGAUGUGUCAGUUCCAAAGAUUGAGGGUGAGAUAAAAGCUCCCAAGGUCGAAAUUGAAGGACCAGAUAUUGACAUUGAGGGCCACAAAGGAGGAUUCAAAAUGCCUAAAUUUAAAAUGCCAUCGUUUGGGCUGAAAGGUCCAAAUGUUGAAGGGCAUGAAGUUGAUGUCAGCAUCCCAAAAGCUGAUAUCGAUAUUAAAGCCCCUGAGUUGGAUAUCAAAGGACCAGAUUUGAACAUUGAGAGUCCAAGUGGUAAAAUCAAAGGACCCAAAUUCAGCAUGCCAAGCAUUUCAGGACCAAAACUUAGUAUGCCAGAUGUGGAUUUCGGCAUGAAAGGACCCAAAAUAAAGGGAGAUGUUGAUGUGUCAGUUCCAAAGAUUGAGGGUGACAUAAAAGCUCCCAAGGUUGAUAUCGAAGGACCAGAUGUUGACAUCGAGGGCCACAAAGGAGGAUUCAAAAUGCCUAAAAUGACAAUGCCAUCGUGGAACAUUAAAGGUCCUAAAAUGGAAGGUCCAGAUGUUGAUAUAAAUCUUCCCAAAGCUAACAUUGAUGUGAAAUCAGAUGUUGAUCUAAAUCUUCCCAAAGCUAACAUUGAUGUGAAAGCCCCUGAAGUGGACAUCAAAGGUCCAAAGAUGGAUAUCAAAGGGCCUAAAGGUGGAUUUGAUAUGCCUAAAAUCAAAAUGCCAUCAAUAUCAGGACCCAAACUGCCAGAUUUGGAUAUGAGUCUGAGUGGGCCCAAAAUAAAGGGAGAUGUUGAUGUGUCAGUUCCAAAGAUUGAGGGUGACAUAAAAGCUCCCAAGGUCGAAAUUGAAGGACCAGAUAUUGACAUUGAGGGCCACAAAGGAGGAUUCAAAAUGCCUAAAUUUAAAAUGCCAUCCUUUGGGCUCAAAGGUCCAAAUGUUGAAGGGCCAGAAGUUGAUGUCAGCAUCCCAAAAGCUGAUAUUGAUAUUAAAGCCCCUGAGUUGGAUAUCAAAGGACCAGAUUUGAACAUUGAGAGUCCAAGUGGUAAAAUCAAAGGACCCAAAUUCAGCAUGCCAAGCAUUUCAGGACCAAAACUUAGUAUGCCAGAUGUGAAUUUCGGCAUGAAAGGACCCAAAAUAAAGGGAGAUGUUGAUGUGUCAGUUCCAAAGAUUGAGGGUGACAUAAAUGCUCCCAAGGUUGAUAUCGAAGGACCAGAUGUUGACAUCGAGGGCCACAAAGGAGGAUUCAAAAUGCCUAAAAUGACAAUGCCAUCAUGGAACAUUAAAGGUCCAAAAUUGGAGGGUCCAGAUGUUGAUAUAAACCUUCCCAAAGCUACCAUCGAUGUGAAAGCACCUGACGUUGACAUCAAAGGUCCAGAGCUUGAUAUCAAAGGGCCAAAGGGUGGAUUUGACAUGCCUAAAAUCAAAAUGCCAUCAUUUGGCAUCAAAGGUCCAAAUGUGGAGGGUCCAGAUGUUGAUAUAAACCUGCCCAAAGCUAACAUUGAUGUGAAAGCUCCUGACGUUGACAUUAAAGGACCAGAUUUUAACAUUGAGAGUCCAAGUGGUAAAAUCAAAGGAGCCAAAUUCAACAUGCCAAGCAUUUCAGGACCAAAACUUAGUAUGCCAGAUGUUGAUUUUGGCAUGAAAGGACCCAAAAUAAAGGGAGAUGUUAAUGUGUCAGUUCCAAAGAUUGAGGGUGACAUAAAAGCUCCCAAGGUUGAUAUCAAAGGACCAGAUGUUGACAUUGAGGGCCACAAAGGAGGAUUCAAAAUGCCUAAAAUGACAAUGCCAUCGUGGAACAUUAAAGGUCCUAAAAUGGAGGGUCCAGAUGUUGAUAUAAAUCUUCCCAAAGCUAACAUUGAUGUGAAAGCACCUGCAGUUGACAUCAAAGGUCCAGAGUUUGAUAUCAAAGGGCCAAAGGGUGGACUUGACAUGCCUAAAAUCAAAAUGCCAUCAUUUGGCAUGAAAGGUCCAAACAUGGAGGGUCCUGAUGUUGAUAUAAACCUUCCCAAAGCUAACAUUGAUGUGAAAGCCCCUGAAGUUGACAUUAAAGGACCAGAUUUGAACAUUGAGAGUCCAAGUGGUAAAAUCAAAGGACCCAAAUUCAGCAUGCCAAGCAUUUCAGGACCAAAACUUAGUAUGCCAGAUGUGAAUUUUGGCAUGAAAGGACCCAAAAUAAAGGGAGAUGUUGAUGUGUCAGUUCCAAAGAUUGAGGGUGACAUAAAUGCUCCCAAGGUUGAAAUCGAAGGACCAGAUGUUGACAUUGAGGGCCACAAAGGAGGAUUCAAAAUGCCUAAAAUGACAAUGCCAUCAUGGAACAUUAAAGGUCCAAAAUUGGAGGGUCCAGAUGUUGAUAUAAACCUUCCCAAAGCUACCAUCGAUGUGAAAGCACCUGACGUUGACAUCAAAGGUCCAGAGCUUGAUAUCAAAGGGCCAAAGGGUGGAUUUGACAUGCCUAAAAUCAAAAUGCCAUCAUUUGGCAUCAAAGGUCCAAAUGUGGAGGGUCCAGAUGUUGAUAUAAACCUGCCCAAAGCUAACAUUGAUGUGAAAGCUCCUGACGUUGACAUGAAAGGACCAGAUUUUAACAUUGAGAGUCCAAGUGGUAAAAUCAAAGGAGCCAAAUUCAGCAUGCCAAGCAUUUCAGGACCAAAACUUAGUAUGCCAGAUGUUGAUUUUGGCAUGAAAGGACCCAAAAUAAAGGGAGAUGUUGAUGUGUCAGUUCCAAAGAUUGAGGGUGACAUAAAAGCUCCCAAGGUUGAUAUCGAAGGACCAGAUGUUGACAUUGAGGGCCACAAAGGAGGAUUCAAAAUGCCUAAAAUGACAAUGCCAUCGUGGAACAUUAAAGGUCCUAAAAUGGAGGGUCCAGAUGUUGAUAUAAAUCUUCCCAAAGCUAACAUUGAUGUGAAAGCACCUGCAGUUGACAUCAAAGGUCCAGAGUUUGAUAUCAAAGGGCCAAAGGGUGGAUUUGACAUGCCUAAAAUCAAAAUGCCAUCAUUUGGCAUGAAAGGUCCAAACAUGGAGGGUCCAGAUGUUGAUAUAAACCUUCCCAAAGCUAACAUCGAUGUGAAAGCCCCUGACGUUGACAUUAAAGGACCAGAUUUGAACAUUGAGAGUCCAAGUGGUAAAAUCAAAGGACCCAAAUUCAGCAUGCCAAGCAUUUCAGGACCAAAACUUAGUAUGCCAGAUGUGAAUUUUGGCAUGAAAGGACCCAAAAUAAAGGGAGAUGUUGAUGUGUCAGUUCCAAAGAUUGAGGGUGACAUAAAUGCUCCCAAGGUUGAUAUCGAAGGACCAGAUGUUGACAUCGAGGGCCACAAAGGAGGAUUCAAAAUGCCUAAAAUGACAAUGCCAUCAUGGAACAUUAAAGGUCCAAAAUUGGAGGGUCCAGAUGUUGAUAUAAACCUUCCCAAAGCUACCAUGGAUGUGAAAGCACCUGACGUUGACAUCAAAGGUCCAGAGCUUGAUAUCAAAGGGCCAAAGGGUGGAUUUGACAUGCCUAAAAUCAAAAUGCCAUCAUUUGGCAUGAAAGGUCCAAACAUGGAGGGUCCAGAUGUUGAUAUAAACCUUCCCAAAGCUAACAUUGAUGUGAAAGCCCCUGACGUUGACAUUAAAGGACCAGAUUUGAACAUUGAGAGUCCAAGUGGUAAAAUCAAAGGACCCAAAUUCAGCAUGCCAAGCAUUUCAGGACCAAAACUUAGUAUGCCAGAUGUUAAUUUUGGCAUGAAAGGACCCAAAAUAAAGGGAGAUGUUGAUUUGUCAGUUCCAAAGAUUGAGGGUGACAUAAAAGCUCCCAAAGUUAAUAUCGAAGGACCCGAUGUUGACAUCGAGGGCCACAAAGGAGGAUUCAAAAUGCCUAAAAUGACAAUGCCAUCAUGGAACGUUAAAGGUCCAAAACUGGAGGGUCCAGAUGUUGAUAUAAACCUUCCCAAAGCUAACAUCGAUGUGAAAGCACCUGACGUUGACAUCAAAGGUCCAGAGCUUGAUAUCAAAGGGCCAAAGGGUGGAUUUGACAUGCCUAAAAUCAAAAUGCCAUCAUUUGGCAUCAAAGGUCCAAAUGUGGAGGGUCCAGAUGUUGAUAUAAACCUGCCCAAACCUAACAUUGAUGUUAAAGCUCCUGACGUUGACAUCAAAGGUCCAGAGUUUGAUAUCAAAGGGCCAAAGGGUGGCCUGAAAGGGCCCAAAAUAAAGGGAGAUUUUGAUGUGUCAGUUCCAAAGAUUAAGGGUGAAAUAAAAACACCUGAAGUUGACAUCAAAGGUCCAGAUAUGGAUAUCAAAGGGCCUAAAGGUGGGUUUGAUAUGCCUAAAAUCAAAAUGCCAUCAAUAUCAGGACCCAAGCUGCCAGAUUGGGACAUUAGUCUGAAAGGACCCAAAAUAAAGGGUGAUGUCUCAGCUCCAAAUAUUGAGGGAGAUUUAAAAACCCCUGAAGUUGAGAUCAAAGGUCCUAAAAUUGACUUUGAAACUCCAGAUGGCCAGUUUAGUGGGCAAAAGAUGAAGUUACCAAAGAUAUCUGGACCGAAAAUAUCAUUGCCAGAUGUUGACAUCAAUCUGAAGGGGCCAAAGUUGAAGGGUGACUUGAAAGGGGAUGUUCAACUGCCAAAAGCUGAACUUGAGGGACCAGAUGUUACAAUUGACGUUCCAGAAAUUGGCACAAAGAAAGCUAAAUUUAAAAUGCCAAAGUUUGGAUUCAAGGGCUCAAAAAUAAAAGCCCCAGAAGCUGAUGUGAAAAUGGUUAAAGGAGAUAUCAGCAUCAAAGGGAAGACUGGUAGCUCUGAAGGUCUUGAUCUUGACCUGGGAUUGACUGGUCCGAAAACUAAAGGAUCAAAAUUCAAGAUGCCAAAAUUUGGUUUCAAAGGCCCAAAGGUUGAAAUGCCAGAAGUUGAUAUUAAUCUUCCUAAAGCUGACACUGAAAUAAAAUCCCCAGAUGUUGACAUUGAAGGACCACAUGUUAAAAUUGAGAAUCCAGAUGGCAAAAUAAAAGGAGCAAAACUCAAAAUGCCAACUAUCUCAGGACCAAACAUUUCCAUGCCAAAUGUGGAUUUCAAUCUGAAAGGUCCGAAACUCAAAGGUGACAUGGAUGUGUCAUCUCCAAAGAUUGAAGGAGACAUAUCAAUACCUGAAGUCGACAUCAAAAGUCCAGAGUUUGAUAUCAAAGGGCCUAAGGGUGGAUUUGACAUGCCUAAAAUCAAAAUGCCGUCAUUUGGCAUCAAAGCUCCAAACAUGGAGGGUCCAGAUGUUGAUAUAAACCUUCCCAAAACUAACAUUGAUGUGAAAGCACCUGACGUUGACAUCAAAGGUCCAGAGUUUGAUAUAAAAGGGCCAAAGGGUGGAUUUGAAAUGCCUAAAAUCAAAAUGCCAUCAAUAUCAGGACCCAAACUGCCAGACUGGGAUAUGAGUCUGAGUGGGCCCAAAAUGAAGGGAGAUGUUGAUGUGUCAGUUCCAAAGAUUGAGGGUCAGAUAAAAGCUCCCAAGGUUGAUAUCGACGGACCAGAUAUUGAAAUUGAGGGUCAAAAAGGAGGCUUUAAAAUGCCUAAAAUGUCAAUGCCAUCAUGGAACAUUAAAGGUCCAAAAAUGGAGGGUCCAGACGUUGAUAUAAACCUUCCCAAAGCCAACAUUGAUGUGAAAGCACCUGAAGUGGACAUCAAAGGUCCAGAGUUUGAUAUCAAAGGGCCAAAAGGUGGAUUUGACAUGCCUAAAAUCAAAAUGCCGUCAUUUGGCAUCAAAGCUCCAAACGUGGAAGGUCCAGAUGUUGAUAUAAACCUUCCCAAAGCUAACAUUGAUGUGAAAGCACCUGACGUUGACAUCAAAGGUCCAGACUUUGAUAUCAAGGGACCAAAGGGUGGAUUUGACAUGCCUAAAAUCAAAAUGCCAUCUAUAUCAGGACCCAAACUGCCAGAUUUGGAUAUGAGUCUGAGUGGGCCCAAAAUAAAGGGAGAUGUUGAUGUAUCAGUUCCAAAGAUUCAGGGUGACAUUAAAGCUCCCAGGGUCGAUAUCGAAGGACCAGAUAUUGACAUUGAUGGCCACAAAGGAGGAUUUAAAAUGCCAAAAUUUAAAAUGCCAUCCCUUGGACUAAAAGGUCCAACUGUUGAAGGGCCAGAAAUUGAUGUCAGCCUCCCAAAAGCUGAUAUCGAUAUUAAAGCCCCUGAGUUGGAUAUCAAAGGACCAGAUUUUGACAUUGAGAGUCCAAGUGGUAAAAUCAAAGGACCCAAAUUCAGCAUGCCAAGCAUUUCAGGCCCGAAACUGCAUAUGCCAGAUGUGGAUUUCGGUCUGAAAGGGCCCAAAAUAAAGGGAGAUGUUGAUGUCUCAGUUCCAAAGAUUGAGGGUGACAUAAAAGCUCCCAAGGUUGAAAUCGAAGGACCCAAUAUUGACAUCGAGGGCCACAAAGGCGGAUUCAAAAUGCCUAAAAUGACAAUGCCAUCAUGGAACAUUAAAGGUCCAAAAAUGGAGGGUCCCGAUGUUGAUAUAAACCUUCCCAAAGCUAACAUUGAUGUGAAAGCACCUGAUGUUGACAUCAAAGGUCCAGAGUUUGAUAUCAAGGGGCCAAAGGGUGGAUUUGACAUGCCAAAAAUCAAAAUGCCAUCAGUAUCAGGACCGAAACUGCCAGAUUGGGAUAUGAGUCUGAGUGGUCCAAAAAUUAAGGGAGAUGUUGAUGUAUCAGUUCCAAAGAUUGAGGGUGACAUUAAAGCUCCCAGGGUCGAUAUCGAAGGACCAGAUAUUGACAUCGAUGGCCACAAAGGAGGAUUUAAAAUGCCAAAAUUUAAAAUGCCAUCCUUUGGGCUGAGAGGUCCGAAUGUUGACGGGCCAGAAGUUGAUGUCACCCUCCCGAAAGCUGAUAUUGAUAUUAAAGCCCCAGAGUUGGAUAUCAAAGGACCAGAUUUUGACAUUGGGAGUCCAAGUGGUAAAAUCAAAGGUCCCAAAUUCAGCAUGCCAAGUAUUUCAGGCCCGAAACUUCAUAUGCCAGAUGUGGAUUUCGGUCUUAAAGGUCACAAAAUUAAGGGAGAUGUUGAGAUGUCAGUUCCAAAGAUUGAGGGCGACAUAAAAGCUCCCAAAGUUGAUAUUGAAGGACCAGAUGUUGACAUUGAGGGCCACAAAGGAGGAUUCAAAAUGCCUAAAAUGACAAUGCCAUCAUGGAACGUGAAAGGUCCAAAAAUGGAGGGUCCAGAUGUUGAUAUAAACCUUCCCAAAGCUAACAUUGAUGUGAAAGCACCUGACGUUGACAUCAAAGGUCCAGAGUUUGAUAUCAAGGGGCCAAAGGGUGGAUUUGACAUGCCAAAAAUCAAAAUGCCAUCAGUAUCAGGACCCAAACUGCCAGAUUGGGAUAUGAGUCUGAGUGGUCCAAAAAUUAAGGGAGAUGUUGAUGUAUCAGUUCCAAAAAUUGAGGGUGAGAUAAAAGCUCCCAAGGUCAAUAUUGAAGGACCAGAUGUUGACAUCGAGGGCCAAAAAGGAGGAUUUAAAAUGCCGAAAUUUAAAAUGCCAUCUUUUGGACUGAGAGGUCCGAAUGUUGACGGGCCAGAAGUUGAUGUCAGCCUCCCGAAAGCUGAUAUUGAUAUUAAAGCCCCUGAGCUGGAUAUCAAAGGACCAGAUUUUGACAUUGGGAGUCCAAGUGGUAAAAUCAAAGGACCCAAAUUCAGCAUGCCAAGCAUUUCAGGACCAAAACUUAGUAUGCCAGAUGUGGAUUUCGGCAUGAAAGGGCCCAAAAUAAAGGGAGAUGUUGAUGUGUCAGUUCCAAAGAUUGAGGGUGACAUAAAAGCUCCCAAGAUUGAUAUCGAACGACCAGAUAUUGACAUUGAGGGCAACAAAGGAGGAUUCAAAAUGCCUAAAAUGACAAUGCCAUCAUGGAACAUUAAAGGUCCAAAAUUGGAGGGUCCAGAUGUUGAUAUAAACCUUCCCAAAACUAACAUUGAUGUGAAAGCACCUGACGUUGACAUCAAAGGUCCAGAGUUUGAUAUCAAGGGGCCAAAGGGUGGAUUUGACAUGCCUAAAAUCAAAAUGCCAUCAUUUGGCAUGAAAGGUCCAAACAUGGAGGGUCCAGAUGUUGAUAUAAACCUGCCCAAAGCUAACAUUGAUGUGAAAGCACCUGAAGUUGACAUCAAAGGUCCAGAGUUUGAUAUCAAAGGGCCAAAAGGUGGAUUUGACAUGCCUAAAAUCAAAAUGCCAUCAAUAUCAGGACCCAAACUGCCAGACUGGGAUAUGAGUCUGAGUGGGCCCAAAAUGAAGGGAGAUGUUGAUGUGUCAGUUCCAAAGAUUGAGGGUCAGAUAAAAACUCCCAAGGUGGAUAUCGAAGGACCAGAUAUUGACAUUGAGGGUCACAAAGGAGGCUUUAAAAUGCCUAAAAUGUCAAUGCCAUCAUGGAACAUUAAAGGUCCAAAAAUGGAGGGUCCAGACGUUGAUAUAAACCUUCCCAAAGCCAACAUUGAUGUGAAAGCACCUGACGUAGACAUCAAAGGUCCAGAGUUUGAUGUCAAAGCGCCAAAAGGUGGAUUUGACAUGCCUAAAAUCAAAAUGCCAUCAAUAUCAGGACCCAAACUGCCAGAUUGGGAUAUGAAUCUCAGUGGGCCCAAAAUAAAGGGAGAUGUUGAUGUGUCACUUCCAAAGAUUGAGGGUGAGAUAAAAGCUCCUGAAGUCGAUAUCGAAGGACCAGAUGUUCACAUUGAGGGCCAUAAAGGAGGAUUCAAAAUGCCUAAAUUUAAAAUGCCAUCCAUUGGGCUGAAAGGACCAAAUGUUGAAGGGCCAGAAAUUGAUGUCAGCCUGCCGAAAGCUGAUAUUGAUGUCCAUGCCCCUGAGGUGGAUAUCAAAGGACCAGAUAUUGACAUUGAAAGUCCAAGUGGUAAAAUCAAAGGACCCAAAUUCAGCAUGCCAAGCAUUUCAGGACCCAAACUUUCCAUGCCAGAUGUGGAUUUCCAUCUGAAAGGUCCAAAAAUGAAGGGAGAUGUGAAUAUGUCAGUUCCAAAGAUUGAGGGUGACAUAAAAGCUCCCAAGGUUGAUAUUGAAGGACCAGAUGUUGACAUAGAGGGCCACAAAGGAGGAUUUAAAAUGCCUAAAAUGACAAUGCCAUCAUGGAACAUUAGAGGGCCAAAAAUGGAGGGUCCAGAUGUUGAUAUAGACCUUCCCAAAGCUAACAUUGAUGUGAAAGGACCUGGAGUUGACAUCAAAGGGCCAAAGGGUGGAUUUGACAUUCCUAAAAUCAAAAUGCCAUCAUUGAACAUUAAAGGUCCACAAGUGGAGGGUCCAGAUGUUGAUAUAAACCUUCCCAAAGCUAACAUUGAUGUCAAAGCACCUGCAGUUGACAUCAAAAGUCCAGAGUUUGAUAUCAAAGGGCCAAAAGGUGGAUUUGACAUGCCUAAAAUCAAAAUGCCAUCAAUAUCAGGACCCAAACUGCCAGACUGGGACAUGAGUCUCAGUGGGCCCAAAAUAAAGGGAGAUGUUGAUGUAUCAGUUCCAAAGGUUGAGGGUGAGAUAAAAGCUCCCAAGGUCGAUAUUGAAGGACCAGAUAUUGACAUUGAGGGCCACAAAGGAGGAUUUAAAAUGCCCAAAUUUAAAAUGCCAUCCUUUGGGCUGAGAGGUCCAAAUGUUGAAGGGACAGAAGUUGAUAUCAGCCUCCCGAAAGCCAAUAUUGAUAUGAAAGCCCCUGAGUUGGAUAUCAAAGGACCAGAUUUUGACAUUGAGAGUCCAAGUGGUAAAAUCAAAGGACCCAAAUUCAGCAUGCCAAGCAUUUCGGGACCCAAACUUUCCAUGCCAGAUGUGGAUUUACAUCUGAAAGGGCCCAAAAUGAAGGGAGAUGUCGAUGUGUCAGUUCCAAAGAUUGAGGGUGAAAUAAAAGCUCCAAAGGUUGAUAUCGAAGGACCAGAAGUUGAUAUUGAGGGCCACAAAGGAGGAUUCAAAAUGCCUAAAAUGACAAUGCCAUCAUGGAACAUUAAAGGUCCAAAAAUGGAGGGGCCAGAUGUUGAUAUAAACCUUCCCAAAGCUAACAUUGAUGUGAAAUCACCAGAAGUUGACAUUAAAGGUCCAGAGUUUGAUAUCAAGGGGCCACAGGGUGGAUUUGACAUGCCUAAAAUCAAAAUGCCAUCAUUUGGAAUUAAAGGUCCAAAAGUGGAUGGUCCAGAUGUAGAUAUAAACCUUCCCAAAGCAAACAUUGAUGUAAACGCACCUGACAUUGCUCUUAAAGGGCCAGACAUUGAUAUUGAAGGCUCUAACGCAAAACUUAGAGGACCCAACAUCAAAGGUCCUACAAUAAAGGGAGAUGUGGAUGUGUCAGUUCCAAAGAUUAAGGGUGACAUAAAGUCUCCAAAGGUCAAUAUUGAAGCACCGGAUAUUGACAUUGAGGGUCACAAAGGAGGAUUUAAAAUGCCUAAAUUUAAAUUUCCGUCCUUUGGGGGUAAAGGUCCACAUGUUCAAGGGCCAGAAGUUGAUGCCAGCUUCCCAAAAGCUGAUAUCCAUAUGAAAGCCCCUGAAUUAGAUAUCAAAGGACCAGAUUUUGACAUUGAGAGUCCAAGUGGUAAAAUCAAAGGACCCAAAUUCAGCAUGCCAAGCAUUUCGGGACCCAAACUUUCCAUGCCAGAUGUGGAUUUACAUCUGAAAGGGCCCAAAAUAAAGGGAGAUGUUGAUGUGUCAGUUCCAAAGAUUGAGGGUGAUAUAAAAGCUCCCAAGGUUGAUAUUGAAGGACCACAUGUUGACAUAGAGGGCCACAAAGGAGGAUUCAAAAUGCCUAAAAUGACAAUGCCCUCAUGGAACAGUAAAGGUCCAAAAAUGGAGGGUCCAGAUAUUGAUAUAAACCUUCCCAAAGCUAACAUUGACAUAAAUGCACCUGACAUUGAUCUGAAAGGGCUAGAUGUUGAUAUUGGAGGUUCAGAAGCAAAAAUCAAAGGAUCAAAAUUCAAGCUGCCAUCACUAUCAGGGCCCAAGCUGCCAGAUUGGGAUAUGAGUCUGAAAGGGCCCAACAUGAAGGGAGAUGUUGAUGUGUCAGUUCCAAAGAUUGAAGGAGACAUAAAAGCUCCCAAGGUGGAUAUUGAAGGACCAGAAGUUGAUUUAAGCCUUCCCAAAACAAAUAUUGAUGUGAAAGUACCUGAAGUUGACAUUAAAGGACCAGAGAUUGACAUUGAAGGAGCUAAUGCAAAACUGAAAGGGCCCAAAUUCAACAUGCCAGAUAUGGAUUUCAAUCUGAGAGGUCCCACACUCAAAGGUGAUGUGGAUGUAUCAGUGCCAAAGAUAGGGGGAGACAUACAAACACCCAACGUUGACAUUAAAGGUCCAGAGGUCAAUUUUAAAGGGCCUAAGGGUGGAUUUGAAAUGCCUAAAAUUACAAUGCCAUCAUUUAACAUUAAAGGUCCAAAAGUGGAGGGUUCAGAUGUUGAUAUAAAACUUCCCAAAGGAAACAUUGAUGUUAAAGCACCUGAUGUUGAUAUCAAGCUAAAAGGGCCUAAAGUCAAAGGAAAGAUGGAUGCAACAGUGCCCAAAUUGGAAUCAGAUAUUAAAGGUCACAAUGCUAACAUUGCAGGACCCACCAUCACUAUGGAAGGUGUGUCUAUUGAUCCUGUAAAGACGGGUGUUACAUUUCCCAAGUUCAAAGGUCCUAAGUUUGGAAUGAAAUCCCCAGAAGUAGAGGGGAAGACACCCAUGUUCAGUGUGGGAGCAAAAGGUUCUAAAACAGAAAUUAAUCUUCCAGAUACAGAAGCAAGUCUUGAUGCCCCUGACAUUGAUAUCAAUGUAAAAGGGAAAACAGGGAAAUUCAAACUUCCUAAAGUCAAAGGAAAGGCAAAGAAGCCUGAUGUUCACAUAGAAACACCAGCAGUAGACCUGGAUGUAGACACUCCCAAUAUUCAUGUCAAAGGAACAAAGGUAAAGAAGCCGCUUUUUGGUAAGCUUCAUUUUCCUGAUGUGGAGUUUGAUAUCAAAUCACCAAAACUGAAAGGUGAUGGAUCUAUAUCAGAGGGAUUCAAAUCACCUGACAUAGAUUUACCAUCUGCUAGCUUGAACACCGCUAUUGAAGGAUCUGGUAUUGAUAGUCCAAAUGUUCAUUUGGGAGGGAAAGAUCUGAAACUAAAGACUCCCAAUAUUAAAAUGCCAAAUGUGAGUGUGUCCACUCCUGAUAUUGAAACAAAUCUAAACAGACAAGGAGAGGCAAACAUGUCUGCAGGUUUUAAAGGCCCCAAAAUAAAUGUGAAAGGUGGUGCAGAGAUUGAUGCAAGUGCUUCAGGGGGCAGUGCAAGUGGUGACCUUCAUUACCCAGAAGGUACCGUAACAUUUCCCAAAAUCAAGGUACCAAAAUUUGGUAUUGCUCUGCCUCAGUUGGAAGGCCAGGGAGGUGGAGGGAAUGUUGAAUCAGCUAGUGGAGGCAUGAGCAUACAGUCUCCAGCUGUUAGUUGCCAAGUCGGUGCACAAAAUAUUGAGGUUCCCAGUCCAGAACUGAGCCAUAGAGAAGGUAAAGUAAAGGGAAAGAUGCCAAAACUGUUUGGCAACUCAAAAGCAAAAGGCAGUAGUGCAGGUGAUCUUCGGGGACCAAAGGUAGAAUUGAGUAAGGUACAUACUGCAGAACUGAUGGGUGGAAAAUUAGAAUUAGAGGGUGAUCCUGGGCUCAGUGUGUCAACUAAAGGCAAGUCAGCCUCACUGGAUCUAUUUCAGAAAACAAGGCAUCUGUCUUCUUCUCUGCAUGAUGAGGGGGGGCUUGCAGUUAGUUCUCCAUCUCACUUAGAAGCUGAGGGUGGCGACAUUUCAUUAGACCUAGGAGGAAGCAAGGUCAAAGGAAAGAAAGGCAAGUUGAAGUUUGGCACCUUUGGAGGUUUUGGUUCAAAGUCAAAGGGCUCAUAUGAGGUGUCGCUUGGUGAGGAGGGUGAAGCAGGUGCAGGUGUUUCUCUUCCCUCUAAAAAAUCGAGAUUGUCUUCAUCUUCUAGCAGUGACAGUGGUUCAAGAGGUGGUUUCAGGUUCCCAAGACUUGAACUAUCUGUUUCACCAAAAAAAUGAUUAAUUAUGAGGUAAAUUAAACUUUCUCAUGUACCCCCAAAUACACUCUCCUAAUAUGCCAUCUAUAGAUCUUUAAAACCUAAGGGGACAUACAUAGUCAUCUCAAUAUCGUUAACUAUGAGUAAUUCUUUUUUCAGUAAUUAUACAGGAGUGCAUGAGAUUGUUUAAAAUCCCUUCAAACUGUAAAUAAGAUUUAAUUUGUAUUGUAAUAAUAAAUGAUUUUUGUACAUAGUCCAGAUUUAUUGAACAUAUGCCAUCUUACCAAAUUUUCAUAAAUAGUUUAUUACAGGGUUUGUCAUUUUUUCCUAUUUCAUUCUAUUAAAUGAAUUUUAUAAAUGAACGGGUGUGGUAUAUUUGUAUUCAGGGGUCUAUUGCACAGGAUCAUUAAAAUAGUUAUUUUGAAGGACAAUGUUUAUACAUCAAGACACAAAUAUAAACAGUUAUCAGUUUUUUUUAUGAAUGAAAUGAUUUUAUUGUCAAGCUUUAUCGUUAUAUAAUCAGUGCAGGAGCAUAUUUAGGCAACAUAGAGAUGGCCCCAUGUAACACAUUCUAAAGAUUAAUGGUGUUGUAUACAACAUAAUUUCAAAGACAACCACUGUUUGGAAACCACCAACUCUCUAAAGUGCUGGCAGUAUGUUUCUGUUCAUAUUUUAAGAAACCUUAUUCUGUGACAUUUACCAAAAUAUGCAUUGUUUCAUUAGUUUUUAACAUGUUUUGCUUCCUAAUCCUGUCAUUUACAUUUUUACCUGUUUUAUGAUCCUCUAUAUUUUAUUUUUCUGUCACUCUCUCUUUGUACACACACAUGAUAAUGUUAACAAAAUCACAAAUAAACUGUCACUUUUUGAUUUCAAGAAUCUGAGUUGAUAGAGAGUUGCAUAGUUUUGAUCAGAUAUGAUGGAGAUAAAGCAUGAUUCUUCUUUUGUGUGCAUUUUGCCAAAUAAACUAAACAAAAUGAUU